AUGGAUCCGACCGUCGUUGAGAGCGCGUUCCGCCUUCACAAGGCUCUCCAAGACAACAAUGUUUAUGCGGUCGCAUGCAUUGACAAUACUGCGAAGAAGAUCAUUGCAAAGGUCAUUGACGGACGUGAGCCACCAACACUCCCUAAGCAGGAGUUUCCUGUUCCCACGGAGCCUGCCACAGUCGAACCUCUGCUAUCUGAUCUUGAUACUCUGAUCACCGGUAUCUAUGAUGGGGCAUGUAGAAUUACACAUGCUCCUGUUGACAUGCAGGCAAUUCGAGGCCAAUGUCAGGAAAUUUUCCAAAAUUUCUUUGGGGAAAAGUUUCAACAAUUGGAAGAGCAGAUUUCGAAUACCCAUACAUCCAAUGAUGAAUCUGUUCGAUCCCUCAUCUCAGAGAAGAUUGCGGCCAGCGAGGCUGCACAGUUGAAUACAAUCCGCCCGAUGAUCCUCGCUGCAUCGGGACCAUAUAGAGAGGCUGCUGCCAUCCGCAACGUGUCAGGACGUGUCGACCGUUUUGAGAAGACCGUUUUGGGUAGUUAUCGAGCACUGCUCAUGGGAAAGAUUGGUGCAGCUGCUCAAAUGCCGAAGAUGCUUCAGGACAUUCAGAGCAAGCUUGCUGUUGUGGAAGUUCUCGAGAGAAAGAUCACUGCUUUGGGUUACUCUAUUGAUGAGUUGAAUGGGAAGUCCGGAGAGCCAAAGCCUGAUUCUGACGACGAAUCAUUGCGAGAAAUGGUUGGCCAUAUGAAGGAUAAACUCAAUGCUCACUUGUUGAGCUUUUAUGAGUUGAAGGACCAGACACUCGGCUUAGAAGAAAGAACUGAGGGGUUGCAAGUAAAGACACUUGGUCUUGCAGGGAAGACAGAUUUUGAGAUUCGAGAAUUGAUGACAAAGACAACCAAUUUGGAGGAAAAGACCCAAUUGCACAUCCAACGAUUGCUCGCAAAGACAGCAGGUUUGGAGACCAAGUGCGAUCAACUUACCCUCAACGCCCCUUAUCAAAAUCUUGAACAACUGGGUGCCUCCACUACAAGCCCGUCACCAAAGGAGGUCUCAUCACCCAUUACCAAUGUCGCCCCAAUUUCUGGAUCCGCGGAUCUCGCAUCUCUUCUCUCAACCAUGAAGAAGGAUAUUGACGCCGCGACGAAGACUCACUUUGAUCUGUUCAUUACGUCCAUGCUGAUGCAGAUCGAUGAGAUCAGAAGCAAGGUUGAUGGCUUCCAAGAGAAGAUUGAUGGUUCACACAAGAAAUUUGAUGUCCAGAGCGGACUUGAAUAUGAUGGAAGCAAGGUUGACGAUAUGGCUUCUUUGCAUCGUGAGAUUGAGGAGUUGAAAGUGGCAGGGGAACAUGUCAUGACAGAAGAGAAGAUGUUGGACCUUCUCAACCACUGGACAAAAAAGAACAACUUUUUGACAGAAGCAGGAAUCUCUCAAGUGUGUAAUGACAUCUGCGAGAGCCAUUUUGACAGUGCACUCAAGUACGCCAUCUCUACUGGCCGUGUUGCCUCCAAGAUGGCGCCACAAGGACCAGUCAAUGGAAUCAACCCCAACGCUGCACCAUCUACACCAAAGUGGGCAGAGAAGGGUGUCUAUGAGGGAAAUUUCGGAGUGAUGAAUUGA